AUGUUUGCCCAGGACCUUGUGCUUAGACAGCGCACAGAGAUACUUCACGCUCUCUGCAGCAGUGGCUCACCUGAACAUCUGGAAAGAGUUGUGGACAUACUGCUUGCCCACAGGGAGCUUCUAUGGGAGGAUUACCACAACAUCCAGGUUCCGGGCAGGGCGCUGUACGCCAACGCCAGACAGCUGCUUGAUCUGGUUUAUUCAAAGAGUGAGGACACCUGCGUGCUCUUCCUCUCGGCCCUGAAACAAGUCUUACCAGAGGGACAGGGAGCCGGAUUGUCAAUCUCAAGCUGCUCUUCCAGUUUAAAACAAAAAGAAGAGACUCAAAGCGCGUGUGCUGAGACGCUCCUGACUCGAAGGCCAAGCCUCGUCAGCAAGCUGCAGGGCUGCAUCGAUGGGGCUCUGGAAGCUCUCGCUGCAUCUGGCCACUUUUCCCCAGCAGACUGUGAUGAAGUGAAGCUACCUAUACACACUCCCUCACAGCAGGCAAGGCGACUGCUUGACCGCAUAAGAUCCAAAGGAGACUCAGCGGCUUCAGUUAUCCUGAGAUACAUUCAGCAAAGACCAGAAUCUGGAUCCACACCAAGCCAGGAUGAACUGAGUCUUCCUAAAGAGUUUUUGAAAUACCAGAGGAAGCUGAGCAGUUCUGUGUCUGCGCAGUCCUGCAUUCUCAGUACUUAUGGAGGGACCAGCCACCUGUUUCUGCACGACAUCUAUACCGAAGUCCAGCUAGAGCUACCUAACAACAGCGCUGCGGUCCACAACCCUUUGGGCCUAGAAGAUGUCGUAAGUCCCGUGGGUGCUGUGAACGAGGAUGCUGAUGCAGUGCUGGUAUCUGGGGAGGCGGGUUGUGGGAAGAGCACCCUACUCCAGAGGUUGCACUGGCUUUGGGCCCAGGGGGCAGCCCUUCAGGACUUCCGGCUUCUCUUUCCAUUUAGCUGUCGCAGGUUGAACUCAGAGCAAAGGGAACUAUCUGUUCAAGAGCUGUUGUUCCAGCACUGCUGCUGGCCAGACAGGGAGCAAGAAGAGGUCUUCAAGUUCAUCCUUGACCACCCACAUCUUGUAAUUUUUACCUUCGAUGGCCUCGAUGAGUUCAAGCAGAGCUUCUCGGAUGAGCACAGACUCUGCUGUCCCACCCAACGUGCACCCGUUCAUGUACUAAUGUUCAACCUGAUCCAGGGUUCCCUGAUGAAGGGGGUGCGAAAAGUGCUCACGAGUCGCCCUGAGGUGGUUGGCCCUUGUUUAAGAAAACACCUGCGGAAAGAGAUCUUCCUGAGAGGAUUUUCCCCAGCUGGUAUCGAAUGUUUUGUAAGAAAACAUCAUGGUGAUCUGACAGAAGCUGAUAUGGUUAUAGAAUCCCUACAGGCAAACGGGGCUUUACUCGGACUGUGCCAUAGUCCAGUUCUCUGCUGGAUAGUGUCACAAUGCCACAAGGAGCUGCUGGGCUGUGGGGAAGGAAGCCCGCAAACACUCACAGAUGUUUACCUGAUGAUCUUACAGCACUUUUUCCUGCACCAAAGCAGCCCAAAGACUAACAUAGGGUUAGGCUGGUUGCAGGAGCACCUACAAACUGUCUUGCAUCUUGGGCAGCUUGCUUUUGAGGGGAUACAAAAGACCUGUUAUAUCUUCUCAGGAGCGGACCUUGAGACCUGUGGUGUAACUGAAGAUGUUUUCAGCAUGGGCUUUCUCAUACAAAGCAAAGAUAUGUCCCUUACAGGCAGGAAACGUUACGAAUUCCUUCACCUGACAAUACAAUGCUUCUUUGCAGCACUCUACAUCGUCUUGUCCAGUAACAUUGACCGUUCCGUUAUCCCUAAGCUCUUUGAAGUCCAGGACAUGAAGAACACAGGUCAGAGCAGCGCAUGCUUCAGAGCCUGCCUGCAUUCUACUGACCAACAUGAGGAGGUUUCGGGGAAAGAACCUACCCCAGCCGAAAGGCAAAAUCUGCAGAUAAUGGCCACCUUUGUGUCUGGGCUGCUGUCCCGGCGUCACCAAAGAAUGCUGCUCCACUGCUGCUCAAGUGGUGUAGUGGAGAGAAGAGGACGGCAGGUGGCGAGGUACCUUUCCAAACGUAUGCAGAAACACUUCCGGUCCAUUCCCCAGCCUGUGCAUGGGGAUAAGAAGAGCAUGCACGCAAUGCCUGGCUUUUUGUGGCUUAUCAAAUGCAUCUAUGAGAUGCAAGAGAGCCGAAUAGCUAAAGAUGCCAUGAGUAAGCUGGAGGUGGACCAUCUCAAACUCACCUACUGUAACAUUGGCCCUGUAGAGUGCACUGCAUUGGCCUAUGUCCUCCAACAUUUGAAGAACCCUAUAGGCCUUCAGCUGGACAACAAUUCUGUGGGUGAUGUUGGAGUGGAGCAGCUCCUUCCCUGCAUGCAUAUGUGUAACUCUUUGUAUCUCAGAAAUAAUAACAUCACAGAUGAGGGCAUCCGCAAACUGAUUACAAAAGGGAUCCAAUGUAAGAACUUCCGUAAAAUUGCCCUCUUCAACAACAAUCUAACUGAUGCCUGCACAGAGCACUUUUGUCAGCUUCUGAAGAUCAGGCAGGAUUUCCUCUCAAUAAGGCUGGGAAACAACAAUAUUACUUCAGAAGGAGCGAAGAAGCUGGCAGAGGGAUUGAAAUCCAAUAGCUCACUUCAGUCUUUAGGUCUGGUAGGUAAUGGUGUGGGCAGUGCAGGAGCGUGUGCUCUCUCCAACAUCAUCAGGAACAGCACAUCCCUGGAGGAGCUUUGGUUGUCAGAGAACUGCAUAACCAGAACAGGAGUGGAGUCUCUGAUUCAAGCCUUAAAGCACAAUUGUCAUGUGAAGGCAGUAUGGUUAAAAACCAACGAUCUCAGUUUGGAGGAAAUUGAAGAAAUGAAACUACGUGACUCAAGACUGAUCUUCUGA